GGCGAGGGGAUGGAGGACCGCGUCCGCCGAUCGAGAUGACCGCAUCAGGGCCGUUUGCUAUGGGCCCGGCGAUGACCUCCGUUCGGCGCGCGGCACCGGCGACGACGAUCGUACCCAACAGGCCAGUGGGCGCAUUGGGUGCGGGACUUGUGCCGGUGAAGCAGGAGCCAACGCCGAUCUCGCUAAGCGCGAAGGGCAAGGGCAGGGCCCGCGAGUCGCUCUCGGAGACGCCAGCUCCCUCGGAGGCCUCGAAGAAGGAAGAGGACGACGAUCAUGAAGUGUACUCGGACCCUGACGAGGGUGUGGAGAUUGUCGACAUGGACGACGUCAAGACGCUUGAUUACAUGGCGCCGGACAGCAUCAGGCGCGAGCGAGAAGCGAAGGCCAAAGUGAAGAAGGAGAAGCAGGAGGAGAAGGAAACCUCCGUGACACCACCGAUCGACGCCUCCAAUGCGCUGGACUUGUCCGAAUCCGAAGAUGAAGAAGAGCUAGAAGACAUUGUCGAAGACUUCACCUUCAAGGCAGACGUCGCGGAUGGCACGCCCGCCUUCCAAGAUCGACUAUACUUCUUUCAACUACCACAUCCGUUCCCCGUCCUCGUGCAACCUACGCCCAUCGAUGGGAUGGACGUAGAUGAAAUGUCGGCACCCAAUAGUCGGCAUGUGUCCUUCGCGCCUGAUGUCAAGCCCGCUGCCGUACCAGCGUCCGGCGUCACCGUCAAGAAAGAGCCAGGCGUGAAGAAGGAGCCAGCCGACUGCGUCUUGGACGGUACUGAGCGCCUUGACGGUGUCAUCGGUACGCUGCUCGUACGACAGUCGGGACGCAUCCAGAUGGAACUGGGGAACGGCGCGAUUUACGAUGUCACGCCCUCCACGCAGCCGUCGUUCCACCAGGCCGCAGUGCAUGUUGUGUAUCCCGAGGUACCGAAGCCGGCCGCACCCGGCCAAGCUACUGAAGGGACUCCGCCGAUCGAGCCGCCAAAGCCCACUGCGCUCACGACGUUGGGACCGGUGACGCGCCAUUUCAGCGUCACGCCUUCCAUCGACCAGCUGCUCGGCGCCCUGGAGCGAAAGGAUCACGAGCAGCAGGGAGCGCUACGGAUCAGAGGGCUCCCUGAGGGCGCUGAGGCGGGCAUGAUCAGGAUGGAAUGAAUCAGGUUACAGCUUACAGGUAUUCUUCGGCUAGCUGGUCUCGAACGAGACACCGCUCACGACGCUGCCCGCACCUUCUGCGUCCUGUCCCACACCUACCCUACGUACAUAAGUGAGUAGUACCAAAACACGGUCGAGGCGCUUGACCUCCUUCUCA